CCGACCGCCAUUAGAGGGCAUAGAGAAGCAGCAACAGCAGCAGCGAAGCGAGCAAAGAAGAGUCUUUGCCGCGUUCCACUCAUUGGAUUUCCAUCUAUAUAGCUAAUCUUGCUUGCAAGAAGUCCAAACCCUCACUGUCAUCCUCCUCACCAACCCCAUCAUCGCUCCACAUCCACUCCACCGAUCGAUCCAUCCAUCUUUCAAGGCAAGCAACCAACCCAAUAUAUUGGGCGAAAGCCACUCCCCAUCUACUUCUUCUCCAGCUUGAGACGCGGCAUCGAUGGCUAGCACCGGUGGUAAGCAGCGGGGGAACUAUGGGAACAGCGCUGCAUCGGCGGGACCUUACUAUUUUGAGGAGGAGGAGAGGGUUUGGAAGCCUUGGGUUGUGCCUCUUUUUGUCAUCGCCAACGUCGCUGUCUUCAUCGGCACUAUGUAUGUCAACAAUUGCCCCUCUAAUCCGACUCCUUUCGGCUCUUGUGUUGCUAGGUUCCUGCAUCGGUUCUCCUUCCAACCUCUGCGCCAGAACCCACUUCUUGGGCCGUCUUCGUCCACAUUGGACAAGAUGGGAGCUCUUGAAUGGAACAAAGUCGUAGAGCAACACGAAGGAUGGAGGCUUAUAACCUGUAUUUGGUUGCAUGCAGGUGUUAUCCAUCUUCUUGCAAAUAUGUUAAGCUUGAUAUUCAUUGGAAUUCGCCUUGAGCAACAAUUCGGGUUUUUGAGAAUUGGGGUUAUAUACCUUGUAUCAGGAUUUGGUGGAAGUGUUCUCUCCUCUCUUUUUGUAAGAAAUAGUAUCUCUGUUGGUGCCUCCGGUGCUCUUUUCGGACUCUUGGGAGCUAUGUUGUCUGAACUAAUCACCAACUGGACCAUCUACUCCAACAAGGCUGCUGCAUUAUUAACACUUGUCGUCAUCAUUGUGAUCAACUUGGCUGUGGGAAUACUUCCACAUGUUGAUAAUUUUGCGCACAUUGGAGGUUUCUUAACAGGUUUCCUCGUAGGUUUUGUGUUGUUAAUCCGACCACAGUUUGGUUGGAUGGAGCGCCAUAAUCUCCCCCCUGAAAGUCAGGUCAAGUCCAAGCAUAAAAUGUAUCAAUAUGUCUUGUGGGUAGCUGCUAUGCUUCUGCUAAUUGCUGGAUUUGUGGUCGGAUUAGUAAUGCUAUUUCGGGGUGAGGAUGGGAAUGAACAUUGCCACUGGUGCCAUUAUGUCAGCUGUGUACCUACAUCGAAGUGGAACUGCAGCAACUGAAGAAGAACACAAAACUUUUGCCAUGUGUUGAUGUGGUCUUAAAAGAAAACUAGUACUCAAUGAGGUGCAUGGCAAACCUUAUAACUAGAUUUUGUUCUUCUGUAUAUAGUUAUAGGUUGUCUGCUUUGUGGCUUGUAUGAUCAGUUGGAUCCCAGUGUGAUAUAUUUACUUGCUGCUUUUCUUUCAGCGUGGAGAUUGAAAUUUGUUGCAUUCUUUAUUUGAUA